AUGCGUGAGCUAAACGAGGAAUGUUCAGCAAUUUUCCAGAACAAGUUACCGAAAAAGCAACGUGAUCCAAUGAGCUUUACUAUCCCUUAUGUUAUAGGUAAUUUAACUAUUAGUGAUGCUUUAGCUGAUUUAGGAGCUAGCAUUGAUAUAAUGUCGUACAACUUGUUUGCUAAGUUGGGGCUGGGAGAGACAAAAUCUACUAGGAUGAAUAUACAACUAGCUGAUAGGUCAGUCAAGUAUCCUAAGGGUAUUGUUGAGAAUGUGCUUGUUAAGGUGGAUAAAUUCAUAUUUCUUGUUGACUUUGUAAUCUUAGACAUGGAUGGUGAGAUUAGUGUAUCUUUGAUUCUAGGUAAACAUCUCCUUGCAAUAUCUAAGGCAAUUAUAGAUGUUUGUGAUGGAGAACUUGAACUAAAGGUAGGCGAUAAGACUGUCACCCUUAACUUGAAUAAUUCUAUGAAACAGUCUUUAGAUCAUGAUGAUGUUGUGUAUUCUAUUAAUGUACUUAAUGAUGUUGUUGAGACACAAUUGCAGGAAAUAUUGGUUGAAGACCCUCUACAAGUCACUUUGCCAAUAGAAGAUGAGCAUGAGUUGUCAAAUGAGAAAGUGUUGGAGCAGCUUGAAUUUUUGUUAGUAAAUGAGCCAAACGAAGAGGAUAAUAAGUCUGCUGUAAUUGACAGGGUUGGUGUGCAGAAGUUGAGGCCAUUAAUUGAGGAAUCACCAGUUCUUGAUUUCAAAGAGCUCCCAAAGCAUAUCGACUAUGCAUAUUGA